AUGCACACCAAACUUUUCCUCGGGGCUCUUUUUGCCCUUUCUGCUGCAGCUCCUGCGCUGGGCUGCUACGAAGCAGACGUGGACUACGAGGGCCCUGAGGUGGACCGGCUUGUGGGGAAAGUGUUUUCUGCUGCUGCAUGCCAGCAGCAGUGUCUGGCGCGGGGGGACUGCUUCUUCUGGGUGUACCAGAGCAGCAGCAGCAGCUGCUACAUGAAAGCUGCUGCUGCUGCUGCUGCUGCUGCGCCCGGAGCUGGGAUCGUGUCCGGCCCCCGCCUCUGUCCAGGCCCCCCCGAGUGCUCAGAAGCCGGACUUGAUCUUUUUGGAGGAGAUUUAAUUUCCACAGAAGUGGCAAAUGCUUUGGCGUGUCAGUUCCAAUGUGCUGCUGCUGCUGAUUGUGUCUUUUGGACCUUUUUGCCGAGCAGCAGCAGCUGCUUCUUGAAGGGUCCGCAGGUGGAGCCGCGGCCGCACGCGGAGGCGGUCUCGGGGCCGCGCAGCUGCGCUGCUGCUGCUGCUGCUGCUGCUGCUGCUGCUGCUGCUGCUGCUGCAGUGCCCUGCGAAGCCGCCACCGACUUCCCCGGCAGCGACCUCCAGGCCUUCGAAGGCUCCGUCCCAGACCCUGCCAGCUGCCAGCAGCUUUGCAAAGACCUCAGCAGCUGCUUCUUCUGGACUUUCGUCCCCAGCAGCAGCAGCUGCUACCUCAAAGCAGCAGCAGCAGCAGCAGCACGCCAGUACAACCCCCUCACCUUCUCCGGCACCCGCUACUGCAACCUCACCAUCAGCCCCCUCUUCAACUCCAGCAGCAGCAGCAGCAGCAGCAGCAGCAGCAGCAGCAGCAGCAGCACCUCCACCUCCAGCAGCAGCAGCAGCAGCAGCAGCAGCAGCAGCAGCAGCAGCAGCAGCAGCAGCACGUCGACGAGCACGCCGUGCCCGGGGGCGCGGGACUGCUACCUGGAGAACUUCGACUACGCAGGCGCGGACUUGGCAGCAAUUAGUUUGGGAGCAGCAACAACUCCGAAGGCUUGCCAGCUGCUGUGUCAGUACACCCUGGGCUGCGCCUUCUUCACUUUUUUCCAAAACUUUUGUUACUUCAAAAACGAAAAUGCUCCUCUAGGACUUGUCUUGAAGGAAGGCGCAGUCUCGGGACCCAAGUACUGCCCCGAAACCACCAGCAGCAGCAGCAGCAGCAGCAGCAGCAGCAGCAGCAGCAGCAGCAGCAGCAGCAGCAGCAGCAGCAGAGCCAUCGACGACGACCACCACCACGCUCGCGCCCAGCAGCAGCAGCAGCAGCACGACGACGACGACCACCACGCUCGCGCCCGCUCCCAGCAGCAGCAGCAGCAGCAGCAGCAGCACGACCACCACUACUACUACCAUCACUACCACGACUGCAGCAGCAGCAACAGCAGCAGCAGCAGACGCCGCGCCCCGCGAAAGCUUCUUCCGCCUCCUGCGGGGGCCCUCCAAGCAGCACUGAGGGGCCCCCCUUAUUUGCUUCCACCAGCUCGGGGGCCCCAGCAAGGGGCCCCCGCAAGGGGGCUUCAUUUUUGUUUUAAACCGACAAACCCUAAACCCUAA